CGUGGGGUCGAGUCGAUUGCAUACAAGUGUAAUCAUGCCGCCGCCGACGCCAGCCGAGAAGGCAGAGCUUGAGAAGCUUCUAGACAAGAUGAACCUGGACACAGGUGACGUCGUGCUGUUCGACCGCAAGUGCAACUCCAUGGGCGUGUACGGUGGCGUGAUCUGCCACUCGGCCAAGCUAUUUGGCCAGACGCGGUGGGACCACAAUGGCGUCAUCUACAAGACCGACGAUGGGAAGCUCAUGUUCCUCGAAGCCGCCAUGAACGGCGUCAAGCUGCGGCCCCUCGUCGACCGCAUCUUGCACAGUCGGUCGUACGAAGUGCGCAUUCAAAAGGUCGAAGUCCACCGCACACCCGAGUUCCGCCAACGCGCCGCCGACUUUAUCCGCCGCGUCGUCGAACAAGACAUUCCGUACGAGGAUCGCAUCCAAGUCCUCGUCAACGCCGGCGCGUCCUUUGUCCCGUCUCGAGUAGCUCGCGAACAGUUCUACCACGACAUUGUGGACUUGAAGCGGCACAUGAAAACCAUCCAAGACGACUUGACCCAUCGAUCCAAGAUGUCACCGUUUGAGCAAAAUUCCCUGCGCGCUGAACUCGCCAGCUUAAGGGAACAGCAUGACGCCCUCGUCCACCAGCUCGACCAAACGGAGCGGUCCAUCUUUGAAAACAAGCCCUCGUCCGCGUCUGACCCAGCGCGCUUCUUUUGUUCCCAACUCGUGGCGGCGCUGUACCAGCACGUGGGGCUCUUGCUUCCGUAUCCUGCUGCCACGUCAUAUCGCCCCCAUAACUUUUCCGACACGGACGACUACGUCAAACUGCAAAACGCGGCAUGGCUGCCUCAGAUUUCCCUAAGAGAACACAUCCACGAGACUAAAAAGCACUUGAUCGAGCAAGCCGCGACGGCGGCCAGCCCCCCGCCGCCCGACGUUGUCGACACCAUCGUGCACACGCUGCAGCGGCACGCCAUCUUCCAUUCGUUCUCGGUCUCGGAGCUACAAGCUCUAGCCCAGCAAUUUCGACCGAAACGAUUUGUACCCGGGCAGGUGGUAUUUUACCAGGGCGACCCCGGCGACUUUUUCUACGUGAUUGCAGACGGCACGGUGGACGUGCUCGUCAACUACGACGCGUACGCCCACGAGCAGCCCAAACACUCGGUGGCCGCCGAGGUCACAGCUGCCCCCGUCCUCCGCCGCAACCUGUCGACGUCGUUUGAUAACCCCCAACCAACCAGCCAUUUUGUGCACGUAGCCACCAACGGUCGCGGCAACGCGUUUGGCGACUCGGCGCUCAUGUACCAGACCCCGCGGCGAGCCACGGUCAAGUGCGCCGAGCCGGUCGUGGCAUAUGCCCUGGACAAGGCCACGUUUGCGAGUGUAGUCAAGAGCCACCCCGCCGCCACGCAGUCGCUGUCGGAACGCCAGUUUCUCAUACAAACGCUGGCCAACCAUCCGCUGUUUGCCCACGUCAGCAAACAGGCCCAAGCCGCGGCGGUGCGGCAGUGCUUUUCGCUGCACUUUCCAAAAGACGCACUUGUGUUGGAGCAAGGCCAGUUUGGCGACUACUUUUACGUGGUCGAGACCGGCGCGUGUGCCGUCUCCCGCCACCACACUGAUGGCGACGAGUUUCUAGAUCGAGUGGUGGGCCGAGGAGAUGCGUUUGGGGAAGUGGCGCUGCUGUACAACAGCCGACGCGGCGCCAGUGUGCGCGCCGUCGAAGACAGCAAGAUUUGGUGUAUGGAUCGCAGCAUAUUGCUGUCCACAACGCGCAGUGGAUCGACGGCGCUGCUGGACAUUUUCAACAAGACGGCGACGCUGCAUGAUGGCGACGAGAGCUUCCUGACCCCGACGGAUGUGGCCAAGCUGCUUGAAGGCGACUCGGGCGUCGAGACGGCACAGACCCUUCUGUUCCCAUCGUCCGCAACGACCAAGAUCAACUUUUCGCAAUUUGCGCACUUUCACAUGUGCUUGGAGGCGUAUUCGAGUCGGCAGUUCAACCCGCUCCUGGCCGAAGCCCUCUAUCGAGCGCUCCUUCGUCGUGCUGGUACCCAUCAUGAUAACCACCUCACGACCGCAUCCUUGCACCUUGACGCAGCCGAGACAAGGCAAAUCCACCGGUUCUUUCAAAAGUCCAGCGCCACCGACACCAUCACAUACCACGACUGUGUCGUGGCCAGUCGAGCGUGGCGCCAUGAUCCGUCCGCGGCGCCACCGGCGAUCGCAGCCCUCCUCCGCACCCUGCAUGCCGACCUGACCCUUCUCGAGCAGCAGUGGAAGCACACUGCGUUUGAUAUGGCUUCAUAUUCUGGGUCGACAUUGCCGCCGCCAUUCUCUUCAACCUCGUCGACAACCCCUUUGACGGACGCGCCCGUGCCGUUUCGGUCGCUGUUUUCCCUGCAAGAUGUGUUUGCCGCCAUCUUGGCCGGCGUCCUCGCGCGAAGUGCCACCGCGCCACUCGAACGCGUCAAGCUGGCGCGCCAAGUCGGCUUGCUUCCAUCGCAUUUGAACCUAUGGCGCAGUGUCCAGCACUUGAAGCGCGUCGCUGGCUGGCAACGACUGUUUGCGGGUAACUUGGUGCACUGCGCCAAGCUCGUGCCGUCGUUUCCGCUCAAGUUGGUGGCGUGCGAUGUGUUUCGCCAGCACUUUCACGCGUGGGGCUUCAACGCCGAAGUGAAAAACGCCCUGGCGGGGGGAAGUGCCGGCGUAAUGGUGCAGGCUGUGCUGUACCCGCUGGACGUCGUGCGGGGUCGAUUGGCGCUGCAGCAGAUCCUCCAGCCCAAGGCCACGUACCCCACGGUGGCGUCCUGUGUCCAAGCCAUGCUCCACCAGGACGGCGUUCGGUCCUUCUAUCGAGGGUUUGGCGUCGGCACCCUCGGCGUGUUUCCGUACAUUGGCCUCAACUUUGCCAUGUACGAGUUUUUGCGCCCAUGGCUCGUCGUGCAGCAGCAGCACCGCGUGUCCGACUGCGAAGAUCAUCAUCAGGGUUCGGUGAUGGUUGGGCAAAUUGCAUGUGCCUUGGGAGCGUCUGUGACAGCGCAAGUGGCCACGUAUCCGUUGGAUUUAGUGCGCCGUAAGAUGCAAAUGCACGGCAACUGGCUGGCCCCCCACGUGUUUCCAACGUACACGUCGACGUGGAAUUGCAUCAAGCAGACUGCAAGCGGCGGCGGCGCGAUCAGCUUUUACCGCGGGCUCGCGCCCAACAUCGUCAAGGCGUUGCCGGCGUCCGUCGUGUCGUUUUUGGUGUACGAAACGUGUCGGCAAGACACCGACUAAUCAUGUAAUAGUAUGGUCUUCCUU